UGGAACACAAACUGUGAAUUCUUUCAGUCAGUCAGUCGGUCAAUCGAAGUUGUCUCCGUUUGUAGCGGAAAAAACAAGAAAAUCCAAAGUAGGCACCGUCAAUACUGCUCUGUUCACACAGUUAUCAACCUAAUCCCGCCAUUGGACGUUUGUGGUCAUCAACCAUCAGCCAUCAGCCAUAAGCCCCAUCUCCUCCCCCACUCCAAGCAACCGACCUCCUCCAAUGCCACUCAAUGUUUGACGGUAAUGGCAAGGCACAAUCGCAAUCCGGUUCCGGAGAUGUUUAGCUCGAGCGAGGACGACCUUGCAGCAGACAGUGAGCUAGAGCCGAACGGUGCAAUGGAGGCGGUAGCACCCAUCCUCAACUGUCGCCUCUAUCUGGCGAUAAUGGCGCGGGACGGUUGCCUGCGGCAGACGGAAAAAUCGUUCUACUUCACCGCGGACGAGCAGCUGGUGUACGAAAACUUUUACCGCGACUUUGGGCCGCUGAAUCUCGCGAUGCUGUACCGGUACUGCGAGCGGCUCAACCAGGAGCUGCGCAAGGACGAGCUGGCGAACAAAAACCUCAUCCACUACACGGCGAAGGACCCGAAGAAGAUACUGAACGCCGCGUUCCUGAUCGGGUGCUACAGCAUCAUCUACCUGCACGCGACGGUGCAGAGCGCGAUGAAGGCGCUCGCGCCCGUGCUGAAGCACGCGGGCGGCACCAAGUACUGCGACGCGUCCCAGACCGAGCUGCGCUACCUGUCGCUCAAGGACUGCUUCGGCGGGGUGCUGAAAGCGCACCAGCGCAACUUCUUCAACUUCCAGGACUUUGAUCACGCCGCGUACGAGCACUACGAGCGGGUGGACAACGGCGACCUGAACUGGAUCGUGCCGGGCAAGUUUCUCGCGUUCUGCGGCCCGCACUGCCAGACGCACGUCGCGAACGGGGUGGCCGUGCUCGGGCCGGACGCCUACCUGGAGUACUUCCGGCGCAACCACGUCACGACCGUGGUGCGCCUCAACAUGCGCAAGUACGACGCGAAGGCGUUCACCGAGGCGGGCUUCCAGCAUCACGAUCUGAUCUUCCCGGACGGCAGCAAUCCGGACGACGACAUACUGCAGCAGUUCCUGAAGAUCUGCGAGUCAACCGGCGGUGCCGUGGCCGUCCACUGCAAAGCUGGACUGGGCCGUACCGGCACGCUGAUCGGUGCGUACCUGAUCAAGCACUACCGGUUUACCGCGGCGGAAGCGAUUGCCUGGUUGCGCGUGUGCCGCCCCGGCUCGGUGAUCGGCCAGCAGCAGCUGUGGCUGAAGACGAAGCAGACGGAGCUGCUGAACGCGGGCAACCAGUUCCGCCAGUACUACCCGCACCACACGCCGGAGCGGCACACGUACGGUAUCUACAGCCUGCAGCAGGGCUGGAGUGGGACAAACAGCACCACCAGCACCAUCACUAACAGCAGCACUACCAACGCUACUGCUGCGCAGGUGGAAGAUGACGACGAGGAGGAAGAUGAGGAGGAGGAGGAAGAGGAAGAAGAAGGAAAUGGACGAGUAGGGGAAGUGCAGGAGGACGAGGAGGAGGAGGAGGAAGAUGAAGAGGAAGAGGAGGAGGAGCAGGAGGUGGAGGCGGUGUUGCUGCACGAGCACGUGCGGGGCAUAUCACAGCAGGUAGACACGAUGCGGCUCAGCGAUGAGAGCGAGCGGCAGAUCGAACGCAUGGAAGCGGCAGCUGCUAACCAGUACAACAAUAAUACCCUUCACUUCAAGACUGCCCGGGCGAAGAAGGUGACCGCCACCAAGCUGCUGUCCUCCGCGUACCUGCUGGCGAACCGGGCGCACGGGGGGAGCCGCACCGGCACGCUGCACGCGGCGACCGGCCGGCAGGCGACGGCGGUCGCGCACGGCCACCGGACGACGGACGCGAUCGUACCCCCGCUAGCCGGCAGUGCCGCCCCGCCCCACCUGCAGCACCGUGCUGGUUCGCAAAAGGCACACGGUGGACGCACCAAGUUAACAAACACCGGCCGGCAAACGGUGCACGGUCGGCAGACGGAAGUGAUCGUGGUGACAUCGCUCACCGGCACGCAGGCGGCUCACCAUCAGCGCACGGCAUCGCAAGACGCGUCGCAAGGUGACCAGCUGAACUCGAUCAAAGCGGCGCGACGGCGCCGCGUGCCAACAGCCGCCGGCUUCCUGCAGCAAAGGAGUGGAAGCAUUAAAGUGGCGCAGCAGCAGCAGCAGCAACAGCAGCAGCAGCACCACCACCAUCACCAUCACCACCAAUCGCCGCUAGUGCGGCAGGCGGAAGGGAAUGCAGCGGGUCGGCCGGACAGCAACCGAGCCAGAACCGGUGGAACCGGUAGUGCCAGCAGUGCCAUUGCCUCCCACAGCCUCAACGGAAACGUUGAAGGUAGCGCCGCGGCGCCACCCGCACGGCAAGGGACGGACAGUCGGGCACCGCCGCACCACCGCCCGUCCAAAGCAGUCCGGCCACCGGGUUCGUGCAGCGGCACUGCCCAUCCACCUGCCAGCGACGGCAGUAAAACGCGCACCGCAAACGCAGCGACCACCAUCAUCGCCGGCAGGGCAGGCAGCGAUACCGGCAAGCGGUCGCGGAUGAGCCAUUAAACGGUCCACUCCAGCGGAAGCCCCACUCCCAGCAACGACCCACGACGGACGACGAGACAAACUACGAGGACGGUGUACCGCGCGGUGUACCAUCACCAUCACUAACACCACCCCCCCCCCCCCCACACCCAGCAGCAGCAGCUGGAGAUUGACAAAACGAAACCAGAAACAGAAUCAUUAGCCACUAAAAUGCCCCGAUAGAUUUUUAAACCCCCACCACUAAUAUAGCAUUGUUCGAAUCAUAUUCGCAUUUGCCCGCGGGAAGCGAUUCGAGCGGCAACAACAACAACAACAACAACACUACUCCAAAACAAGCCGCCGUUCCAUACGGCGCGAUCAAACGAUUGACGGCGCCAAACCACCCGGUGUAUGGCGGUGUGGUCAAACGGGACAGCAAGACCGUCCACCGGGUUUGUAUGGAAGUUUUCCAGUUUGCCUUUGUGAAAGCGGGCACAAAAUCUUCAGUUCUAGUUGCUGUGUUGAAAUAUUUAUUUAUUGUCUCUUCUUAAUACACACGUUUGUACUUGUUUGUAACAAUUUUUCUUCUUCUUUUUUUACAGUAGGUUGAAGUGGUUAAAUUUUGCAUUUCUUAAUUUUAUGUUUGAUGUUACUGGUUGCUGUAUUUGUUUGAUGUUUGGUGACCAUUAUGUGUGAGAUUUUAAUCUCUCGCUCUUUGUUAUUGUUUUCUUUUGAAAUCAUACACACCUCAAGUAGUAUCGCUUGCAAAAAAAUAUGUUAGAUUACAAAGAACUAAGAAGCAUUCACGUCUAGCCAAACAGUAUUAGCAAAUAUAUAUAUAUACGUUUCAGUAAUAAAAAAGUAAACGAUUGAAAUUGAAGGCCAACAGUAGUAACAAAAUCAAAACAUAAGCAUUUAGGAACAGGAACGUAAUGUAUUGUGAAAAUUCAUACGGCAUAGAUUUCAGUAUCUUCGCCUUACUACUGAUGUAGUCGUUGAAUGCAUUUAAAACAGUACAGUUGGUAAAGUAUAUCCGUUCGCAUAUGCAACGGUAGGGUUCUGUGAGCAAGAUACACGCAGCAGCAACCAGAGCCUGAAGAUGGAAGAUGCUUUUUAAACCAUACAGGACAAACAGAACAGCUUUCACUGCAAAUACCACGGCCCACAACGGCCUCAAAUACAAUAUCCUCCCCCACCAACUACCAGAAAAAUAACCAGUAUUAAAAUGAAAACAACGGGGGAGAGACAUGAAUACAUGCUAAUUAACAGCAGCUAACAUCACGGUAAACGAAAAUAAUAGCCAAGAUAAGUUAAGCCAGUUAGCAGAAAGAGCUAGAUAGAGUGUCACAAAAGAGUGUCAAAGCAAGCAAUUUGUAUCAUUCUGAGACUCACCUUAUAAAGCACCAGGACAUUGGCACUAACAACAUAAGGAAACAAGUAGAGAAACAGCAGAAUUCUGGAGGCCAUAGCAUUUAUUCGAGAUAGAGGGAUACAGAGAAAAAUAGAGGUAAAGAUAUGCAUGGAUAUAUACAGUGCGAAAGAGAAAGAGAAAGAGAAAGAGAGAUAAAGAGAUACAGAGAGAAAUAGAAAUAGAGAGAUAGGGAUAAAGAAAGAGAGAGAUAAAUAGAGAGAGAGAGAGAGAGAGAGAGAGAGAGAGAGAGAGAGAGAGAGAGAGAGAGAGAGAGAGAGAGAGAGAGAGAGAGAGAGAGAGAGAGAGGGACAGAGAGAGAGCGAGAGAGAGAGAGAGAGAGUGAGAGAGAGAGAGAGAGAGAGUCAAUCCUGUGAUAUUGUUGCUACUUGUUUUGUUUGUCUCCCAAAACAGCUAGGAGGAAACGUGCGGCAGGAAAAAACCGCAAAAAUCGCAGGGGUCUUUGUUUACUCCCCGUUCUGACACUUGUGGCACACAUUCUGAACUUCUUCCGCCUUAAACAAGAAGAAGAAGAUGAACUUCUCCCGGCAUUACGCCACUGCAAUGAGGUGUGAAAUCUCAAAUCACGACGCAAAUGUAUCACUUUCACAGAAAGUUCGUCACAAGUGUUUGAACUGCAAAAAAAAAAAACACUUUAAAAGCAUGCAGGCUCCUACACAGAGGCAACAGAUGGUUUAUCCUUUUUCUUCUGUUCUUUGUUUGUUUUUGUUUAACGCGCUUUACGGGGGGCAGGAGGGUGCGUUUCCUCACUGCUUAGAGCGCACGGAGCAACACGCAAAAGGGCAAUUGUAUGUGCAACAUUAACAUUUUUAAGCUAGGCUAGCGGUGUACUUAGGGGGUUAGGGCGGUGCAAUGAUGGCCGAGGUUGGGUGGCGGGAAUGUCGGCCCCUGUUCUCGCACACCCCAACUCGCCCCUUUCCAUUGCGUUAUAAUAGUAAGCUACUCUCUUUAAUUGUACUACCACAGAAGGCAAGACUAAAUUUUAGUUUAAGGUGUGUCUGUUUUUUUUUUUUAAUUUGGUUUAAUAUGCCCCCUCUAUCCCUUAUUAAUAAAAGGUUAACGUCCCCCACUUCAUGUGCAUUAGUAACAGCUA